GCGGCGGUCGCGGCGGGGCCGCGUCUCGCGGCCCCGCGCCCGGGUGCGUUACAGCGGCCGCGCCUAGGCGGCGGCCGCGGCGGCCUUCUCCGCCUUGGCGGCCUCGGCGGCCACCCUCUUCGCGCGCUUCUCCGCCUCCUUCUUCUUCUUCGCGUCGAGCUUCGCCUGCUUCUUCGCCUCCUUCUCCGCCUUCUUCUUCGCCUUCUCGGCGGCGGCGUCGGCGAUGGCCUGGCCCGACGUCCAGACGACCUUGCCGUCCUCCCACUUGGGCUUCGGGAGGAGCACCAAAAUGUCGUCGUCCGCGUGGCUCGCCUCCGCGAUCUGGCGCGUGUAGCGCAUGCCCUUGAUGUUUUUCAGGGGCUCCUUCUUGUCGAUGGACUUCUGGAGCUUAUCGCUCGCCGCGUCGAGGACCUGGACGGCCUCGGGGUACGUCUUCGCGAGGGCCUCGACGACGGCGAGACUCCAGCCGCGGGCCUUGAGGAUGGCCAUGAUGACGGGCUCGGCGACGAGGCGCCGCGCGCGCGCGGCCGCCUGCGCGGCCUCCGUCGCCGCGCCGUCCUCCCGCGCCUCCUGCGUGAGCACGUAGUGGAGCGGCAUCCAGGGCGACCCCUUGCCCUCGCCGGGCAUCUUGUCGCUGGCCGCCGCGGGCCGCUUCUUGAGGAUGUGGAGCGCCGCGCCGUAGCCGCUCUGCGCGCCCGCGUUGCCCAGGUGCUCGUAGAUGAUGCCCGGCUUGGUCGCGUCGAGGCCGUCGGGCAGCGGCCGCGGCGACUUGGGCACCUGGGUCGCGAUCCACUUGACGAACUCCUCCUCGUCGAUGAUGCCGUCCUUCGUCACAUCAAUACCCGCGCAGAGCUCGUCGAGGUGGCCCGGGUCGAUGUGGUAGCCGAGGGCCUUGGCCGCCAUCCCAAACUCGUCGUACGUGAGGCCGCCGGACGCGUCGGCGUCGAACUUCUCGAAGCUGAAGAAGAUGCCGUCGCGCUGCACCGUCGCCGCGAUGUCGCCCAUGUCCUGCUCGUCGUCGUCGCCGAGCGCGACGAUGGCGGCCCGGGAGACGAAGCCCCGGUCGUCGGCCAUGUCGUUGUACUUUUGCAGGUCCCAGGCCUGCUCGCCGACGAACGCCCGCGCCUGCUCCUUGUCCAGCUGCUCCGGGAACUCCGGCGCCCCGGCGCUCGCGGCGGCGCCCAUGGUCCGCGGAGCGCGCCGCCACGGGCGAAACGAGUGGCAGCGCCCCCGAAGAGAGCUUGAAUGUUCAAGAAGUCAACGAGCGCACUGGUUAGGCCAAAGUGAUGGAAAGGACCAAAACAUAGGCCUCGGAUACAUGGCGUCCUUGACACCGCUGAAAUUAGAGAGGCAGUAUGUACUACGCGCCGCCCCACGCCGCCUACGCGCCCGACGCCCCGCCGCCGCCGCCGCCGCCGUUUUACUACGGCGCCCCCAUGCCCCCGGCCUAUUACGAGCCUCCCGAGCCGCCCUUCGUCGCGCGCCGCCGCGACCAGCCCAUGCACGCGGGCCAAGGGUGCGUGAAGCGGGCGCGCUGGGGCGCCCAGCACCGCAUCCACGAGCACUUCGCCGACGGGUUCCCGGACCUCGCGCGGCGCUUCGUCAAGGUCCGCGCGUCCAGCGACCGCCGCUUCGAGUACGACCUCGGCACGCGGCGCUUCCCCUCGAAGCGCCUCGGGGCCAUCGGCGUCCGCCACCUCAACGCGCUCUUCCGCCGGCUCGACAGGGCCAUCGGCACGCGGGACGCGUCGCUCGUCCACGAGCUGCGCGCGAUGCUCACGGACGUCCUCGAGGACUGGCGCUUCCGCCACCACUGGCGCGCGGGCGGCGGCGGCGGCGGCGACGACGACGGCGCGAGCGACGCGAGCAGCGACGCGGAGGACGACGACGCCGACGCCCCGCGAGCGCCGCCGUCCCUCGAGCGCAUCGCCGUCGCGCUCGUGAAGAUCCUCUACGCGCAGGAGGCGCCGCCCGCGGCCGCGUCGCCGGGGCCGAGCCGGCCGCCGACGCCGCCGGGCGGCGCGGCGGGCCCGGCGGUCCUCGACCUCGCCGGCGACGAGGCGCCGGCGACGGCCGGGUGCGACGCGGCGGCGCCCAUCGACCUCGCCGCUGAGGCCGCAGACGACACCGAGGCCGCGGCCGCGAAGCCCGAGGCCGCGGUCGCCGAGUCGGCCGCGGCCGUGCCCAUGGCGGCGAUCACGCCGAUCGCCAACCCCGAGGGCCUCAGCGAGUACGAGCUCGAGCGCAAGGCGCGCAUCGAGCGCAACGAGGCGUUCAUGGCGUCCCUGGGCCUCGGCGGCGGCCUCGCGGCCGUCGACGAGGGCAAGCGCAAGGCCGCGAGCCAGCGCGGCGUGUCGCGGAAGCGCGCGAAGAAGGCGCCGAGCGAGCCGCCGCGCCGGAGCCAGCGCGUCCAGGGCAUCGGCGCCGACGGCGCGCAGCUGCCCGCGAACUUCCGCGAGCCGACGGCGUACGCGCCCCAGGGCGCCUGGGAGUCGCGGCCGCGCAACGUCGAGGACGUGCCGCUGCUCGCCGACGACGAGGACGACGACGCCGCCGCGGCGGAAACGGCGGCGAAGCGCGGCGCCAUCGUCGCGGCCCUCGCGGCCAAGGAGGCCAAGAAGCCGUCCGCGCGGACGCCCAUGGACGCGCGGGCCUACCGCGCGUCGCUCCAGUCCUUCGCGCUCAAGGAGGCCGACGUCGCCAAGGUCACGAAGGACCGCACGUACAGCCUCGCGUGGCUCCCGUCCACGGACAAGCUCCUCAUCGCCGCGGGCGACAAGAGUGGCCGCGUCGGCCUCUGGGACGUCGACGACGCCGACGGCGAGACGUGCUGCGCGCAGUUCUCCGACCUCCACGCGCGGCCGCUGACGGCGCUCGCGUGGCGGGGCGCGCAGCUCUACUCCGGCGGCUACGACAGCUUCGUGCGGCGCACGGACUUCUCCGAGGGUUCUUUGCGGUCCACCGUCGUCGCGGACUACGAAAACGACGACUGCGACGACCUCACGCACUGGUGCCUCCGCGACGACGUGCUCUGGGGCGCGCACAAGUGCGGCGGCCUGAGCCGCCACGACGUCCGCGAGCCCGCGGGGUCCAAGAAGUUCGUCGCCGACGCGCACGGCAAGAAGGUCGCGCACGUCGCGUGUCGCCCGGGCCGCGCCGAGGUCGCCACGUCCUCCAACGACGGCGAGCUCAAGCUCUGGGACGUGCGCAAGCUCGGCAAGAAGCCGACGCCCCUCGCCGUCAUGGGCCACGACAAGUCGAUCCACGGCUUCGACUUUUCGCCCGACGGCCUGACCGCGUGCUCCGUGUCCUACGACAACACGGUCGCCUUCUGGGACCUGUGCAAGAAGGUCCCGACGGCCGUCAAGGUCCGCCACGACAACCACACGGGCCGCUACCUCACGCCCUUCAAGCCCGUCUUCGACGUCCACGCGCCCUCGCCCGUGCUCGUCGUCGGCUCCAUGGCCAAGCCCCGCGCCAUCGACGUCGUCCAGGCGGCCGCGCCCCACUACCUCAUCAAGCUCAACGACGGCAUGGGCGUCUUCCACGCGGUCACGUCCAUCCACGCGGUCCACCCCUUCGUCCACGCCAUCGCCGGCGCGAACAACUCGGGCCGCGUCUCCCUCUGGCGCAAGUCCAUGGGCUCCGUGUCGACGAUGAGGCAGAAGCGCGCGAAGGCCGACGCCAGGCUCUCGUCGGCCCAGAGCACGACGCGCAGCGCGGCCGCGGAUCCGUCCGGCUCCGCGUCCGUCUUGGACCUGGACCUCUCGGCCUUCGACAAGCUCGGCGUCGUCGACGACGACGCCGUCGACGUCGACGACGACGACCCGGAGCUGCUCGCGGAGCUCGCGGCGCUCACGGGCGCGGCGCCGGCGCCGGCGAAGGACCCGGCGGCGCUGCGCGCCGAGGCGCUGGCGCUGAAGCGGCAGGCGCUCGCGCUGAAGCGGGCCGGCGACGCCGCGGGCGCCGUCGCCAGGCUCCGCGAGGCCAAGGCGCUCGAGGCCGAGGCCGCCGCGCUCCCGGCGGCCGCGCCGCCGCCGCCGCCGCCGCCCGCGCCGCCGCCGGCGCCGCCGCCCGCGCGGGCGCCGGACCCGGGCGCGGCGGCGCUCGAGCUCCCGGCCAUGGAGGCCCUCGCGGACGCGGUGCUCGCGUCGUCCGCGGCGCUCGACGACGACGACGGCGCCGUCGGCUUCAGGGCAGGACAAGAGAGCGAAAUUCCCAACUUCAAAGGCUCAUAUCUCGGCCGUUUUCCACUCGUCGGCUUCUCGGCGGCCGACGAGGACGACCCGGAGCUGCUCGCGGAGAUGGCGCGGCUCGCCGGCGCGCCGGAGCCGCCGAAGCCGCCGCCGGCGCCCCGGCCCGCGGCGCCGGCGCCCGGGCCCGCGGCGCCGCCGCCGGCGGAGACGCCCGCGACGCUCAAGCGGCGCGCGCUCGCGGCGAAGCGCGCCGGCGACGCCGCGGGCGCCGUCGCGCUGCUCCGGCGCGCCAAGGCGCUCGAGGCCGGGACGGCCGCCGUCGCCGGCGCCGCCGCGGCGGCGCACCGGGGCACGUCGCGCGACGAGGGCUGGCGCCGGCUCCGCGCGGCCGUCGACGAAGCCUUGAAGGCGUGCGUCGCCGAGGCGCGGGCCAAGAUCGCCGCCAAGGACCGCGCGGGCGCCGAGGCGCUCGCGGCGCGGUGCCGCGAGCUCAAGGCGCUCGCCGCGCGCGCCGCGCGGUCGCAACAGGCCGGCGGCGCGCCGCCGGCGUGGCGCGCGACGACGGCGACGUCGCGGCGGCGCGUCGUCGACGGCGACGUCGGCGAGACGUCGCUGCGCGUGGGCGUCCGGAGCCUGCGCCUGCCCCUCGCCGCGCGCGCGCGCGACGGCCAGGCGCCGCGCGGCGCGCCCAAGUACGCGCGCGUGGCCUGGGCGCUCUCCGACGGCUGCGGCGCGACGGGCGCCGGCCGCACGGAGCUCGCGAGAUUAUCAUUGGCGAGCGACGGGCGGAGCCUCGCCUGCGAUUUCGUCGACUGCCUCGCGGCGGACUGCGCGCUCGACGGCGCGCUCGUCGCGGCCGCGGCCGCGAGCCGCGGGGGCGCCGCGUCCGUGAAGCAGGCCCACGCGCUCUCGCGCUUCGGCCGCGGGAAGCUCUGCCUCGACGUCACGACGGCGCCCGGGGGCGCCUUCUUCGGCAAGCGCGAGUCGGUGCACGCGCGGGCCAAGGCCGGGCUCGACGGCCUGCUCUCCGCCGCGGCCGUCGACGACGCGCACGCGUCCGCGGGCCGCGUGCGAUCGGAGGACGACGCGUCGCCCGUCUUCGCGCGGCACGGCGCGCGCGUGGCCUUCGGGCUCUCGCUGCGCGAGCCCCUGCGCGAGCCCGCGUACGAGACCGUCGCGGGGCGGCCCGAUUUGGAGGUCGACGAGGCCACGUGGCCCCGCGACCCCGGCGGCGCCCUCCGGGCCGCGCCGCCGGCGGCGAACGUGCCCCAGAGCGAACUCGACGACCCGAGGGGCGUCGCGCUCCUCGUCUCCGACGCCGUCCUCGACGCGGAGAUCGCGAAGCACGACGCGUCCAGCGGCGCGCUCGAGGUCGUCGCGCUGCGCCUCGCCCUCGUCGCCGCGCAGCAGCUGCUCCACGCCGAGGUCGGCAACGGGAGCCUGACGCCGCGCGCCUACGCCGCGCGCGUCAAGGACCGCGCGGACGCGGACCGGCGCCUCGCGGGCCACCUCCGGCGCCUCGGGCGGACGCGCGACGCCGCGGCCGUCGCCGCGCGCGUCAAGAUCGCCGACGCGGAGCUCGCGGAGAUGGCCGAGGGCGGCCUGCUCGCGCUCGCGUCGCUCGCCGGCGCGUCGUCGGCGACGGUGCUCUUCAGCGCGGACUGCGCCGGCGCCGGCACGGGCACGGGCGAGUGCAUCUACUCCAUGGACGUCGACGCCCUCAACGUCAAGGCGAACCUGACGGCGGAGCUCGCCUACACGUCCAGCGGCAAGAUCAGCGCCCUCGAGGUCGACGUGCCCCACAGCAAGAUCUACUGGACGGACCGGACCAACGAGGCGCUCAUGGGCGCGACGCUCGGCUCCGACUUCGCCGACGCCAAGGUGUUAGUCUCCGGCAUGGGCGAGCCGCACGACGUGUCCGCCAGCGUGUCCGCGCGGCUCUCGACGGGCGCGGUCUACUUCGCCGACAAGGUCAAGGGCACGGUGGAGUUCAGCGCCGAUUACGGCGCGACGCACCAGACCUUCGCGAGCGACCUCGAGGCGCCCGUGGGCGUCGAGGUCGACGACGACAACGCGCGCCUCUACGUCGGCGACUACGCGGCGGGCGCCAUCUGGGCCUACGACCUCGACAAGCCCGGCUUCCGCUUCGGCGGCGCCAAGACGUUGUUCGCGUCGGGCUUCGUCGACCCCGACGCCCUCGCCGUCAUCGAAGACACGCUCCUCAUCACCGACGAGUCGUCGGGCUUCAUCACGCACGCGGCCUUCGACGCCGACGGCGUCGUGGAAGCCGCGGACUACCAGCUCGUCAAGGCCGCGGCGCCCCGCGCCAUCGCGUCCUUCACGUCCGUCGACGUCGACGCCAGCGGCGCCUGGGCCCAGCUCGCCGCGGUCGCCGCGGGCGCGUCCGCCGCGUCCGUCCCCGUCGCGGGCCUCCUCGGUGUGCUCGCCGUGGGGCUCGUCGCCGCCAAGGCCGCGUCGAAGAAGCAGGCCGCCUACGAGCCCCUCGCCGACGCCGAGGUGCUGGUCAUGGAGGAGGAAUACCCGGGCACGCGAGUCGCGGGCGACGCGGCGGCCUACGGCUGCGACGACGACGCGCUCACGAUCUCCCUGUCGCUCCGGACCUACAACGGCACGGGCCAAGGCGACUACCCGCCUCCGUCCGCGUCCGCGUCCGCGAGCCUCCACAGCAAGAUGGCGGCGAUGCGCCCGCCGCCGCCGCCGCCGUCGCGCCGCGAGCUCCUGAGCCUCGACUCGGCCACGGCCAUCUCCGAAUUCGACGACGCCUACGCCAUCGCCAACCUCUCCUACGUUUCGAUCCCGCCCUCGGACGACUACGUCGCGCCGCCGACGAACUCGCCGACGGUGCCGUCCGACGACGCGACGCUCGACGGCGCGACGCUCCGCGCGGGCCUGUCCUUCGUCGCCGGCGCCUGCUCGAUCGCGAGAGAUCCGAUGAUCAAAAUGGCUUCCGCGACGCCAAUGGCGCUGCGCCUGGUGCGCCUCCUCGCCCUCGCCGGCGGCGCCGGGGCCAUCACGGUGAACGGCGUGCCCCUCGGCGGCGUCGCGCCGGCGCCGCCGCAGGCCGGUCUCACGCUCCAGCUCGAGGGCGUGGGCAACCUGACCGUGCUGUCCGGCGAGGAGCCGGCGCUCGCCGUGGAGCGCUUCGCGGCCCAAGCGUCGGAGGCGGGCCACGCCGUGAACGCGGCGACGAUGGACUCCAUGCUCGGCUGGUUCUGCGCGCGGCGCGCGUGCCGGCGGGCCGUCGCGGGGCCCGUGAGCCUCAACGUCACGGGCGUCGGGUCGCUGACCGUCGCGCCCUUCGAGGACCCGGCCCACGCCGUCGAGCGCUUCGCCGCCAGGGCGACGGCGGCGGGCGUCGCCUUCAACGUCGAGACCAUGGUCGCCAUGCUCGACCGGCUCUGCGCUCAACGGUCGUGCUUCCGGAAAACGAUCGCGGGACCGCUCAGCCUCGCGGUGGAACGUUUGGGCAACCUCACGGUGCUGCCCUUCGAGGACCCCGCGGACCGCGUCGAGUACUUCGGGGGCCGCGCCACGGACGCCGGCGCGCCGAUCAACGUACAAACGCUCGACGCGAUGUACGCGUGGUUCUGCGACCGCCGGUGCGACCGCCGGUCCUGCUUCCGGCCGCUCGCGCGGCCCUGGACGCUCGAGGUGAAGCCGCUGGGCAACGUCACGGUGCUCGCCACGCAGGAGCCGGCCUACAUGGUCGAGAAGUUCGCCGCGGCGGCGACGGCCGCGGGCGCGGACGUGACCGGAGAGACGAUGCGGUCCAUGAUGGCCUGGUUCUGCGACCGGCGGUCCUGCCACCGGCCCGUGGCGCCGCCGCUGACCCUGGCGCUGACGGGCGUGGGCAACGUGACCGUGCGCCCCUGGCAGGAGCCCGCGGAGCGCGUCGAGCGCUUCUCCAUCGCCGCGGCCGCCGCCGGCGCGGCGAUGAACGUCGAGACCAUGGCCGACAUGCUCGCCUAUUUCUGCGCGCGGCGCGCCUGCUUCCGGCCGCUCCGCCCGCCGCUGACGCUGGGCCUCGAGGGCGUCGGCAACGUCACCGUCGCGCCCUUCGAGGACGUCGCGCCCCGCGUCGAGGGCUUCGCGGCGGCCGCGGCGCGCGCGGGGCGCGCGCUCGCCGUCGACGACCUCAACGCGAUGAUGGCCUGGUUCUGCGCGCGGCGCGUCUGCGCGCGGGGGCUCGCGCCGCCCCUCGAGCUCACCGUCGACGGCCUCGGCACGCUCAAGGUCGAGCCGUGGAUGGACCCGACGGACUCCGUGGAGCACUUCGCCGCGCAGGUCGCGGCCGCGGGCGUCGCCGUCGACGGCGAGACCAUGGUCGAGAUGCUCACGUGGAUCUGCGAGCGGCGGGCCUGCGGGCGCACGCAGCUCCGGCCGCCGCCGCCGCCGAAGCAGCUCGCGGGGGAAGCCCGGGCGCUCCCCGCGCCCGCCGCGGCCCCGGGCGACGUCGUCGCCGCGUGA